AUGCUUCGGCAGAGCGCUUAUACCACCUCCAUUUUCCCUAUUCUCUUCCUUGCUCUCCUCUCCUUCUUGGCGUUAACCCCACUCCUCGUUACACCCUUCCCGUUCCACCUUCCCUUCUUUAAGCCCUCCACAGAACCACCUUCACCACCGCAGGACGCUUCUUUCCCACAGCAACAGCACAACUUCCGACCUCCAGCACAACGGCACCAGCACCAUCAGCAUAAUGAUCCGCAGCCUUUGAAAGGACCCCUACCAGGACAGGAGCGCCCAGACUCGGUGCUGACCCUUCGACACAUCCUCCACCACGGAGGGCACAAAUACCCAAAACUGUUUCGACAGCUGGAUCUGUCUCCUGUCGACAUCCUCCUCUCUGAACUCCUCACUGGCGAGUCGUUGACACAUCGACUCAAAGUCAAGACGACUACUACCAUCAAACCCCACGAGAACCAAGACGACGACUCGGUACAAUCAGCAUCAGCACUGGCAAGAGGGAAGACAAGGGAGUGGAGGGGGAAGAAGAGGAGUCAAGGGUUCAGAUCGAUGGGUCUGACAGAGGACCAGUCAUUUGGACCGGAGAGUUAUCGAAGAGAGGUGGUCGAUGCGCCCGAUGUGACGGACAAAGAGACGAUUGUCCAGUUGUCCAAGAUGAAUUAUAACUCGUAUACUGAGGUUACGAGUCCUGGAUGGUAUGACCUUGAAGGCAACUGGAACGUGAAUUCGACGUUUGGAUGGGAGGAGGAUGGGGUGAGGGGUCAUGUGUUCUCGUCAGCAGACAAUACGACGCUCAUUAUCGCCAUCAAGGGCACUUCUGCCGCCAUCCUGGGUGGAGGUGGUCCCACCGCUACCCGCGACAAGAUCAACACCUGUAUCGAGAACUCUGUCAACUCUGACGAUGCCUACUACAACAUCGCCAUGACGAUAUUGUGGGCGGUUCAGGAUAUGUACCCGGACAGCAAGGUCUGGUUAACAGGACACAGUCUCGGUGGUGGACUUUCGGCCCUCCUCGGCCUAACAUUCGGCGUCCCUACCGUAACCUUCGAAACCCCAGGCGACCGCCUCGCCGCCCAACGACUCCACCUUCCCGCACCUCCAGCAGUCGACUGGCUUUUUGAUACGAUUGAGGGGGUGUUGAAGGUCAAGGAUGUGCCAAGUUGUAAAGUUGAGGUUGGCUGUGUCGAUUGUGCCAUGUGGGAGUACCUGUAA